AUGUGCUUCUCAGGACAAAACGGGGCAUCUGCAAGCUGGAUCUGGAGGAGGAUGCUGCGGCAAGUGAUACACAGAGGGCUCAAAGCUUCUUUCUACUGGCUUGGAUUAUUUGUCAGCAGGCACCCUGUCUUUUUCCUCACCGUCCCUGCAGUCUUAACGAUCAUAUUUGGAUCCACUGUACUGAGCAGAUUUAAACCAGAAAAAGACCUCGAGAUCCUGGUUGCUCCAACGCACAGUCUUGCUAAAAUAGAACGGAGUCUCGCUAACAGUCUUUUCCCGAUCGACCAGUCCAAGAACAAGCUAUAUUCUGACCUACACACUCCCGGCAGAUAUGGCAGGAUUAUCCUGCAUCCAAAAUCUAGCGGAAGCGUUCUGGAAUUGGCCGACCAAGUCCUUCAAGUCCAUAAGGAAGUGCUGGAUUUGCGAGAUGGUAGGGUGUCGUUCAUCGGACAUCAGCUUGGUGGUGUAUCAAUUUCCAACAGCCGAGACCAGCAGGUGAAGUUUGCCAGAGCUAUACAGAUAACUUACUACCUCCGCAACAAUGGGCCAACAGUACAGGAUGUUAUAGCUGAAAAGUGGGAAAAUGAAUUCUGCAAACUCAUCCAUCGAUUGUCCACUAUGAGUGAGGAUCUGCACGUCCAGUCACUCACAUCCUAUAGCCUUUUGAGGGACUUCCAAAAAACAGGAGUACUUGCCAAGAGUGAGGUACUGGUCAGCCUUGUCCUGGUGCUUUUGGCAGCCACCAUCUCCAGCUCCAUGAGAGACUGCCUGAGAGGAAAACCCUUCCUAGGUCUCCUUGGAGUCUUGACUAUUUGCAUUGCCAAUGUGACUGCAGCAGGGAUUUUUUUUAUUUCUGAUGGAAAGUUUAAUUCUACACUUAUUGGGAUCCCAUUCUUUGCCAUGGGGCAUGGAACAAAAGGAGUAUUUGAGCUCCUGGCUGGCUGGAGAAGAACUAGAGAGAAUCUGCCAUUCAAGGAGAGAGUUGCUGAUGCCUUUGCUGAUGUUAUGGUGUGCUAUACCAUGACAAGUUCUCUCUAUAUUAUCACAUUUGGAAUGGGUGCCAGUCCUUUUACCAAUAUUGAGUCUGUGAAGAUUUUUUGCCAGAGUAUGUGUGUGGCCAUUUUGGUGAACUACUUCUACGUGUUCUCCUUUUAUGGGUCUUGCUUAGUGUUCGCAGGACAGCUGGAGCAGAACCGAUACCACAGCGUGUUUUGCUGCAAGAUACCAUCAGUAGAGUACUUAGACCGACAGCCUGCGUGGUUCAAGACCAUGAUGAGUGAUGGACACGACCUCUCUACACACCAUGACAGUGUACCCUAUCAGAACCAUUUCAUUCAGCACUUUCUGCGAGAGCACUACACAGAGUGGAUAACUAAUACCUAUGUAAAACCAUUUGUAGUCAUCCUCUACCUAAUUUAUGCCUCUUUUUCUUUUAUGGGAUGCUUACAAAUCAGUGAUGGAUCUAACAUUGUAAACCUUCUAGCCAGUAAUUCACCAAGUGUGUCAUACGCUCUUACACAGCAGAAGUAUUUCAGCAAUUACAGCCCAGUGAUAGGAUUCUACAUUUAUGAGCCCAUAGAAUACUGGAACGCUACUGUUCAAGAGCACCUCAAAACCCUGGGCCAUGGUUUCAAUAAGAUUUCAUGGAUUGACAAUUACUUUCAUUAUUUGAGGGUGGUGAAUGUGAGUGCGUCAACCAAAAGUGAUUUCAUCAACAUCCUUAAAAGUUCUUUUCUUAGGAGUCCAGAAUAUAAGCAUUUCACUGAUGAUAUAAUUUUUUCUAAAAAUGGGGAUGAGUAUGAUAUAAUUGCGUCCAGAAUGUAUCUGGUGGCACGGACAACAGAAAAGACCCGGGAGGAAGUUGUGGAACUUCUUGAGAGACUACGCCCACUCUCUCUUAUCAACAGCAUCAAGUUCAUUGUGUUCAAUCCCACAUUUGUGUUCAUGGACCGCUACAGUUCUUCUGUCAUCUCUCCCAUCUUGACAUCAGGUUUUAGUGUUUUAACCAUUCUCAUCCUCACGUUCUUCCUCGUCAUCAAUCCAUUAGGCAAUUUUUGGUUGAUUUUGACCGUCACUUCUGUCGAGUUGGGAGUGCUUGGUCUGAUGACUUUAUGGAAUGUAGACAUGGACAGCAUAUCUAUACUGUGCCUUAUUUACACUCUCAACUUUGCAAUGGAUCACUGUGCGCCCCAUCUUUACACUUUUGUACUUGCCACUGAGCAUACAAGGACUCAGUGUAUCAAGAUCUCACUAGAGGAGCAUGGAGCAGCCAUUUUGCAAAAUGCCUCGUGUUUUGUAAUUGGGAUGUUGCCCCUGCUGUUUGUGCCUUCAAAUCUGACCUACACACUGUUCAAGUGCUCUCUGCUGACUGCUGGUUGUACAGUGCUGCAUUGUUUUGUCAUAUUGCCUGUGUUUUUGACAUUUUUUCCUCCAUCAAAAAAAAGACAUAAGAAAAAGAAACGUGCAAAACGAAAAGAGCGAGAACGGGAAAGGGAGAGGGAAAGGGAACGGGAAGAAAUGGAAUGCAUCGAAGUCAGGGAGAACCCUGACCAUGUGACUAAUGUCUGAAGGUUUAGGACAGAUGAAUGACAGGGGCCAUGUUCGGUACAACAAGAUGCCUAAAGCUCCAUAAGUCCAUAGUUGCUAGAGCUUGGUCUGUAAGAGAAAGAUGACUCAUCAUGCAAAAACAGCGACGCUGACCUGAAUACAGACGUUUUCCAUUGUGCACUACAUUCUCCAGAGCAGUGUAUAAUGUCUAGACACAUUCUAGUUCCUGUUCUGCAUAGUGAAUGUAAUGUAGCUGUACUGCUGUCCUCUUGGAACUUGUUUAAAAGCAAUAUUUAGUAUA